AUGGAUUUUGGGUGUAAUUUUCGACAGCCAAAUGUGUUCCAUGGUGGUGAAGGCACGGGUUAUAGAGCGUUGGGUAGAUUAAGUUUGUAUUCGGGUUUUAAUUAUAAAGAUGUUCACUGUAAAAGAUUUCUUGGCAAUCCGAGGCUUUUAUUGAGAGCAUGCCCAGCAAAGAAGUUGAAAAAACUCCCUGCAUACAGUGGUAGUGUCAUCAAGUCCAUAGUUUCUAAAGGUGAAUUACAUAGUCAUUUGUGGUGUCAUAAUGUUUUCAAUUCUUCGGUCCAUAAUUUUGGGUGUACAAUUGAGACAUCAAGGGGCGUAGUUCAAUCACGAUGUCAGGGUAAUGAUUCGGUUGCAUAUAUUGAUGGUAAUGGUCGAAAGGUAGAAUUUGAAGAAAGUCCUAGUGAAGAGAGCUCAAGGGUGGGAAGUCAUGGCAGUGCAGAGUCGAAUGGUUUGCAAGAACAAUUGGAGGAAGAAGAUCAAGAAGUACAGGUGCGUGGUGUGGAUGAGUUGAGAGAGUUGUUGCAGAAGGCACUUAAGGAGUUGGAGAUUGCGAAGCUUAACAGUACCGUGUUUGAAGAAAAGGCUCAGAGAAUAUCAGAAGCUGCUAUAGCGUUAAAGGAUGAAGCAACAAAUGCUUGGAAUGAUGUUAAUUCUACCCUUAAUACUAUUCAAGAAGUUGUAAAUGAAGGGGCUGUUGCUAAAGAAGCUGUCCAGAAAGCAACAAUGACCCUUUCUUUGGCUGAGGCGAGGCUUCAGGUUGCACUGAAUUCAUUAACAUCUGCAAAAGAAACAGGGGUUUCACCAGAUGCUUGUGGAGAGAGUGAUUCAAAUUAUGAAUUGAGGGGAGAGAGGGAAGUGCUCUUGGUUGCUCAGGAUGAUAUCAGAGAGUUCCAGGAUCAUCUGGCAAAUUGUGAGACAGAGCUGAGACGGUUGCAAUGCAAAAAAGAAGAGUUGCAGAAGGAAGUGGACAGGCUGAAUGAGAUUGCAGAGCAAGCAGAAUUGAAUGCUCUGAAAGCUGAGGAGGAUGUUGCAAAUAUAAUGCUUCUAGCAGAGCAAGCUGUUGCUUUCGAGCUUGAGGCUACACAGCGCGUGAAUGAUGCAGAGAUUGCCUUGCAUAAAGUAGAGAAAAAUAUCUGUAUUUCCCAUGCAGAUACGCCAGAAAGUCCAAUGUCCCCAAAGGGAUCAUCGUCCCAUGGACAAGUAUUGAGUGAUGGGGCAAUCGUUGACGAGGAGCAAACGAGUCGAGGAACUUCAGGUGAUGUCAUUGCUGAAAGAGAUAAAGAUAUGCCAAUUGAUGUUGCUUCUUUGGUUGGGGAUGCUCUACCAGAUAACCGAGAGAAUGGGAAAUUAACUCUAGACUCACCAAAAGACACUGAAUUAGAUGCAGAGAAGUCAAAGAAUGUCCAACCUAAGAAGCAGGAAAUACAGAAGGAUUUGACUAGGGACAGCUCGCUGUUCAAUGCACCAAAAGCAUUAUUGAACAAGUCAUCCCGUUUCUUUUCUGCAUCAUUCUUCUCUUUUACAGUAGAUGGGACUGAGUUCACACCGGCUUCAGCUUUCCAUACUCUUGUAGAGUCUGCAAGUAAGCAAUUGCCUAAGCUGGUGGUUGGUUCAUUGCUUGUCGGAGCAGGGAUUGCUUUUUAUGCCAACCGGAAAGAUACAAUUAAUCAGCUGUUUCAACAGCCAGACAUUAUCACUACCAGUAUUGAUGAAGUUUCUUCAAACACAAAGCCUCUGGUCAGACAAAUAAGGAAAUUGCCCAAGAGAAUAAAAACAUUUAUGGAAAUGCUUCCUCAUCAGGAGGUAAAUGAGGAAGAAGCUUCUCUAUUUGACAUGUUGUGGUUAUUGCUUGCAAGUGUAAUAUUUGUUCCUAUAUUCCAGAAAAUCCCUGGAGGUAGUCCCGUUCUUGGGUAUCUUGCUGCUGGCAUCUUAAUUGGACCUUAUGGGCUCUCCAUUAUUCGUCAUGUACAUGUGACAAAGGCAAUUGCUGAAUUUGGAGUUGUGUUCUUGCUGUUCAAUAUUGGACUUGAGCUUUCUGUUGAAAGAUUAAGUUCCAUGAAGAAAUAUGUUUUUGGUUUGGGCUCAGCACAGGUCUUGGUGACAGCAGUGGUGGUUGGCUUGGUUGCUCAUUUUGUUACUGGGCAGCCAGGUCCAGCUGCAAUUGUCAUCGGGAAUGGCCUGGCAUUAUCUUCAACUGCUGUUGUCCUUCAGGUAUUGCAGGAACGAGGUGAGAGCACAUCUCGUCAUGGGCGAGCUACCUUUUCUGUAUUACUUUUCCAGGAUUUGGCUGUUGUAGUUUUGCUAAUACUCAUACCUCUUAUUUCACCAAAUUCAUCCAAAGGAGGGGUUGGUUUCCAAGCAAUUGCUGAAGCACUUGGAUUGGCUGCUGUGAAGGCAAUUGUUGCUAUUACGGCCAUAAUUGCUGGAGGGCGCCUGCUGCUUCGGCCAAUUUAUAAGCAAAUUGCAGAGAAUCAAAAUGCAGAAAUAUUCUCAGCAAAUACACUCCUCGUCAUUCUCGGGACUAGUCUCCUUACUGCCAGGGCUGGCCUUUCCAUGGCGCUGGGAGCAUUUUUGGCUGGUUUGCUUCUUGCAGAAACCGAGUUUUCAUUGCAGGUUGAAUCGGAUAUUGCUCCUUAUCGUGGCCUUCUAUUGGGUGUCUUCUUUAUGACGGUUGGAAUGUCCAUCAAUCCAAAACUCUUUGUCUCAAAUUUUUCAGUUGUUAUGGGGACGUUAGGACUUCUAAUUGUUGGCAAGGCCAUGUUGGUUGUGUUAGUUGGUAGACUUUUUGGUAUUUCAGUAUUUUCUGCAAUAAGAGUUGGUCUUCUUCUUGCUCCUGGUGGAGAAUUCGCAUUUGUGGCUUUUGGUGAAGCUGUUAAUCAGGGUAUAAUGUCUUCCCAGCUGUCAUCUUUGCUGUUUCUUGUGGUGGGGAUUUCGAUGGCCCUCACACCAUGGUUAGCUGCUGGAGGCCAAUUAAUAGCCUCUCGUUUUGAGCAGCAUGAUGUGCGAAGUUUAUUACCUGUAGAGAGUGAGACAGAUGAUUUGCAAGACCACAUUAUUAUCUGUGGAUUUGGACGUGUUGGCCAGAUCAUUGCCCAGCUUCUUUCUGAACGCCUAAUUCCCUUUGUUGCUCUAGAUGUGAGGAGCGAUCGGGUAGCAGUUGGUCGUGCACUUGACCUUCCUGUUUAUUUUGGAGAUGCUGGUAGCAGGGAGGUACUCCAUAAAAUUGGUGCUGAAAGAGCAUGUGCUGCAGCAGUAACUUUAGAUUCUCCUGGUGCAAAUUAUAGAACUGUCUGGGCUUUGAGCAAGCACUUCCCCAAUGUGAAAACUUUUGUACGCGCUCAUGAUGUCGAUCAUGGUCUGAAUCUGGAAAAGGCUGGGGCAACAGCGGUCGUCCCAGAGACCUUGGAACCAAGUCUACAGCUAGCAACGGCUGUUCUUGCACAAACCAAACUGCCAAUGUCAGAGAUAGCAGCGACAAUUAAUGAGUUUAGGUCUCGCCAUCUCUCUGAACUCACAGAGCUAUGUGAAGCCCGCGGAAGUUCUCUUGGUUAUGGAUAUUCUCGGAUCAUGAGCAAACCCAAAUCCCAACCCUCAGAUUUGUUGGACGAGAACCAAGUUUCCGAGGGAACACUGGCAAUAUAACUCAUCAACCCAGAUAAGCCGAGACGAUUUCUUUCCGAGAAAACAGAAAAAGAACAGAAGAACAGGAUUCAUGACCAAAAGUGGUUAGCUGUCCCAUUGGUAUAAAUUGUACAGAAAUGUAGCUACAGAAGUGACAAUAGAUAAGCACCUCACUGAUUAAUCACACAUUUUUUUGUUUGAUUAAUUUUGGUAGACCCGUUUCGUGUAAAAUGUCUAAAAGGUGAGUCUUUGUUUGUCACAAGAUGUUCCCAAAUCCUCUAGGUUUACACCAGGAACCCCGUCUCCACUGUGCCGUGUUACUCGUGCUCGUGCUAUUUAACUGGUGCUGUGAAUGCUGCUGAGAGAAACCUUUGAUGACUGAAUAUGUCUAAGGAUUGUAGUUCAACAAAGAAGAAUGAAAUUACCCGCACAAGUUGGUUCAGUGAUUGAAUAAGGAUAGAGACGCCUGGAUUUAACUGUGUAAAUAUGAGACUUGCAUUGCAGCG